AUGGGGCACAUACAGAAUUUCAUAUCGGGCAAACGAGUUGACCCUUCAUCACCGCCACCUUAUUUUCUGAAAUUCCGAUCUUCGAACCUUCUCAUCCUGUCGACAGUAUGUGUAGCAGUAUUUACAGAUAUUUUCCUUUACGGAAUCAUCGUACCGGUCGUACCUUUCUCGCUCAGCUCACGCGUAGGUGUGCCUGAAUCAUCGGUCCAGAGCUGGGUAUCGAUAUUACUCGCAGUUUACGGCGCAGCAUUGCUCGUUGGAAGCCCUCUGUCAGGAUGGUUCGCCGACCGCUCAUCAUCGAGACGCCUGCCGUUAUUAAUAGGGUUGAUCGCGAUGGUUGGUUCCACGGUUAUGCUGUGCCUGGCGAAGUCGGUGGCUUUGCUGAUUUUGGGACGCGUAUUCUCAGGGUUGAGUGCAGCCGUUGUGUGGACCGUAGGACUAGCUUUAUUGGUCGAUACCGUUGGACAAGGCGAGAUUGGACAAACAUUGGGAUACGUGAGCUUGAGCAUGUCUCUUGGGAUUCUAGUGGCUCCCUUAUUAGGGGGCAUUGUGUAUGAAAAGGCUGGAUAUUACGCCGUUUUCUACAUGUCUUUUGGAUUAUUGGUCUUGGAUAUUUUGCUUCGCUUAAUAUUAAUCGAGAAGAAGAUUGCUCGACAGUGGCUGAAUGAUGAAGUCACCGACUCUGGACGCAGCUUGGACUCAGACUCUUCGCCUACUCGCAACGAGGAUGCAGUCAGCACAGAGGCAGGGAAUGAAAACAAUACGACCACGGACGCGGAGAAGGUAGCACAAAGUGAGCCUUCGGGUACUACCGAAGCUACGCCUACCGUUCCACACGGCAUCAGUAAAUGGCCUCCAAUUUUCACUCUUCUAAAAUCUAGGCGGCUCUGUGCUGCACUAUGGGGUUGUGUAGUUCAAGCAUCUCUCAUGACAUCAUUUGACAGUGUCAUUCCUCUAUUCGUCCAGGAAACUUUCCACUGGAAUUCCGUUGGAGCAGGACUGACAUUUCUUGCUGUUAUGGUACCCAGUUUCGCCGCGCCAGUUGUCGGAUGGGCUUCAGAUCGUUAUGGUCCACGUUGGUUAUGCGUUGUCGGAUUUUGUUUCGCAACCCCAUUUUGGGUUCUCCUACGCUUCGUUACCUAUGAUUCUUUGAACCAGAAAGUUCUUCUUUGUGCAUUACUAGCUCUCAUUGGCGUCUCCUUGACUUGCGUCAUACCGGGGCUAAUGGCCGAGAUCACCUAUAUCGUCGAAGCUAAGGAGAAAGAAAUACCUGGGCGAUUUGGGAAAAACGGAGCAUAUGCACAAGCGUACGGUCUUUUCAUUACGGCCUUUGCAGCUGGUACUCUCAUCGGCCCAGUCUGGUCAGGUUAUGUGAAGGAUUCUGCAGGAUGGGGUACAAUGGCAUGGACAUUGGGAUUGUUCAGUUUGACUGGCGCUAUCCCAUGUUUGAUCUAUACCGGGGGUUUGAUCACCGAGGUCAAUGCUAAGACUGCAGAGGAAAGAGCAGUCAACUCACAAUCGAGGGCGAUCGAUGGUCCUCUAGCUGCAACAAGGGAUGCAGAGGAUAUCGUAUGA